AUGUCGCUGCCCAGGUCGUCACGCACGGCACUGCGCCUGCGCUGCCAAUUCGCAUCCCACCACCAGCUGCAGCUCCAGCCUCGGCAGCCACGAUUCCAGCAGCUUGCCGGCAGUCGUCGCACUGUCGCCAACCUCACGCACACCCACCAGGCAGCUGCAAUUACGCGCAUACAGACCAAUGUCGACCCCACGUCGGAGGAGUUCAAGGAGAACGAGAAGAGCAUGGCUGCCGUCAUGGCGAGGAUCGAGACUCUCUCCCAGCAGAUCCAGAAGGGCGGGCCCGAGAAGGCCAGGCAGAAGCAUCUCCAGCGCAAGAAGAUGCUCCCUCGUGACAGAGUCACGGCCCUGAUCGACCCUGGCACGACUUUCCUCGAGCUGGCUCCCAUGGCUGGCUAUGAGCUCUACCCAGAGGCAGAGGUACCGGCCGGUGGCAUCAUCGCCGGAGUCGGUGUCGUGGAGGGCGUCUCCUGCAUGAUUGUCGCCAACGACAGCACUGUCAAGGGAGGAACAUACUACCCCAUUACUGUCAAGAAGCAUCUUCGAGCACAGACAGUCGCUCAGGAGAACAACCUCCCCUGCAUCUACCUCGUUGACAGCGGAGGUGCCAACCUCCCUCACCAAGCCGAUGUCUUCCCCGACCGCGACCACUUCGGCCGCAUCUUCUACAACCAGGCCCGCAUGUCCGCCCAGGGUAUCCCCCAGAUCUCCGUCGUCAUGGGCCCCUGCACCGCCGGCGGCGCGUACGUCCCCGCCAUGAGCGACGAGAGCAUCAUCGUGGGCGAGCAGGGCCACAUCUUCCUCGCCGGCCCGCCCCUCGUCAAGGCCGCCACGGGAGAGGAGAUCAGCGCCGAGGACCUGGGCGGCGGCAAGAUGCACUCCUCCGUGUCCGGCGUCACCGACUACCUCGCCGUCGACGACGCCCACGCCAUCACCCUCGCCCGCCGCUCCGUCAGCAACCUCAACUGGCCCAAGGCGACCUCCUUCUCCUCCUCCUCAGCCGCGUCAACCCCUGGUCCCAGCCCAACCUUCUCCGAGCCCCUCUUCGACCCGGAGGAACUCCUCGGCAUCGCCACGACCAACCUCCGCAAGCCCAUGCCCAUCCGCGAGGUCAUCGCCCGCGUCGUCGACGGCUCCCACUUCUCCGAGUUCAAGCGCGACUUUGGCACCACCCUCGUCACCGGCUUCGCCUCCAUCUACGGCCACAAGGUCGGCAUCGUCGCCAACGACGGCAUCCUCUUCCCCUCCUCCGCCCAAAAGGGCGCCCACUUCAUCGAGCUCUGCGCCCAGCGCGCCAUCCCCCUCGUCUUCCUUCAGAACAUCUCCGGCUUCAUGGUCGGCUCCGCCGCCGAGCGCGAGGGCAUCGCCAAGCACGGCGCCAAGCUCGUCACCGCCGUCGCCUGCGCCGACGUCCCCAAGUUCACCGUCGUCGUCGGCGGCUCCUACGGGGCCGGCAACUACGGCAUGUGCGGCCGCGCCUAUAGCCCCCGAUUCCUCUGGAUGUGGCCCAACGCCCGCAUCGGCGUCAUGGGCGGCGAGCAGCUCGCCGCCGUCAUGGAGACGGUGGGCAAGAAGGCCGACCCCGAGCUGAGGGACCGCAUCGACCGCGAGAGCGAUGCCACUUUCUCGUCUGCUCGCUUAUGGGAUGAUGGAAUUAUUCCUCCUCAACAUACAAGAAAGUAUCUUGGUUUAGGCUUACAAGCCGCGCUAGGUGGUCGUAACGAAGUGAAACCGGGUCAAACAAAAUUCGGUGUUUUUAGAAUGUAA